ACUUCCUCCUUUCCCAAAGCGCCGUUCUCAACUUUUACCCCUACAGCCCUACUCCUACAAAAAACAAUCACUGAAACAGUGAAACACCCCGUAUUGCCUUUCUCUGGGGUUUUAGCAGUAGCUUGCUGUAAGUUCAAGAAACUGAAAAUGGCGGGGACAACUGUAAGAGGGUUAAUGCUACCAAAACCAGUAACAUUUGUGACUGGAAAUCCAAAAAAGUUGGAGGAAGUUAAAGCCAUUCUUGGCCAAUCCAUCCCUUUUCAAUCUCUCAAACUCGACCUGCCAGAAUUGCAAGGGGAGCCUGAAGAAAUUUCAAAGGAAAAGGCUCGUUUGGCUGCAAUUCAGGUUAAUGGACCUGUUCUUGUUGAAGAUACAUGUUUAUGCUUCAAUUCUCUUAAAGGACUUCCUGGGCCUUACAUCAAAUGGUUUCUCCAGAAAAUUGGUCACGAAGGUCUAAAUAAUGUAUUGAUGGCGUAUGAAGAUAAGUCAGCAUAUGCUUUAUGUGUAUUUUCUCUAGCCCUUGGACCAAGUGCAGAUCCUAUCACCUUUGUGGGAAAAACUAUGGGUAAGAUUGUUGAAGCAAGAGGGCCAAAUGACUUUGGUUGGGAUCCUAUCUUUCAGCCUGAUGGAUAUGAGCAAACGUACGCAGAAAUGCCUAAGGAAGAAAAGAACAAGAUUUCUCACCGCUACAGAGCUCUUACAUUGGUUAAAUCCCAUUUUGCUGAGGCUGGAUACACUUUUCACCCAGACUCCUCUUAAAAACAUGUUCGCACAACCUAGUUGAUUUUCUAUUGAAAUUCUUUUUAGCUUAAACUCUAUUCUAAUAAGAAUAGAUGAUAAUAGUAUUGAAACAACCUUGAACAUGUUUCUAUGUAACAAGAUUUCCUUUAUCCAUGAGGAAAUUUGAGUGGAGUUGAUCCAUGAGGGGUCUGGUCUAGUACUCUAGUAAGACCAUCCUAAUUCUAACUAUUCCAAGAUUUCGUUUGUAGUACCCAAUUUUGGGCCUUUUUUAUAGCUCGUUCUUCCCUCUGUUA